UAUUUUCCCGCUCCAGCUCGUGGUCCACGAGCUCAUGUCACCAUCUUUCAACCCGACGUUCUACCAGUGUGUCGAUUACGGCUUCAAGGAAAAGUACUUCCGGCUGUGGUGGCUCUAUCAUAUCUUCGUCACUCUCAUUAUGUACGUGGUUCCCUUGGCAACCAUAUUCGCUUGCUAUUCAUCCAUCGUCUGGAAAAUCGUUAGAAGAACAAAUGGAUUAACGAGUUGGAGUAAGAAACCCGGGAAGACCACGCUACGUAUGGCGGGCAAUGAUGGCAUACCACGUGCUCGCAUGAGAGCCUUUCGUCUCACCGCCGCCAUCGUCGGCGGGUUCGUCAUCUGCUGGUCGCCCUACUACGUCGUCUCGACCUGGUACCACGUCGAUCAUGGCUGGCAGGACGAGUCGGAACCACCUGACCCUCCGUGGCUGUUCGAUGUCCUCAUCGCUCUCGGGUACCUCAACACGUGUGUUGAUCCAGUCCUAUACGGCAUCUUCACCACCAAGCUGGCUCGUGACGUCAGACACUGCUGGCGUACGUCUAAACCCGUCGCCAGAGGGAGACAGAGGUUGACGAGUCGACGUUCGACCUCCUCUUCAAACAACAAUCCGGUGACGGUGGGGUCAUCGGUUCGACUGGGAAUGACCACGGUCAAUGUUGUCAGCGAGGAGAGACAAGCGGUGCACUUUAGCAUUCCGGACGAGGACGAGAGGACUGUUAUCCCGUAAAAAAGGGGGAAAAGUCGUGAGUCGACGUUUUAUUUUUUUGCUAGAAGCCACUUUGGUCUACGUAGUUCUAUCUGGUUUAAUAUCCAUCGUCUUGUGACCGACUGUUCCUUUUUAUUUUACUACUGGACAAAGUACACCGAUUUUUAAGACAUGCCGCAACGCCUAUACAAACUUUAACAAUUGUUUAGAAUUCUCAAAAAUCAAAACACAAUCGCCACUAUUUUCGAAAAAUCAGGUCAAGGGCAAUUCUAACACCCUAUUGUAUGUCCCAUAGAAAUCAUGUUUGGAUCACCUAAUACGUUAUUGUUGAAAAUCACUUAUAAAGUAUGCAUUACCUACUGUUGUUUCUACAUGUACGUACAACUGAGACGGGAUUAGGUAAUUAUUUUAAAGAGAAAAGUUGAGUUCUGGGAAGAG